CCGCCAGUCGCUUUGUUCACCCAGCGUGCUUCGGAUCUCCGCGCGGCGAAAGCCAUCUGCUGCAGGGCAACAAAACUAAAAGAAAACUAGAACGGUCAGCUUGAGUGCUGCGGUGCCGAGACAUAGAUAGAGAGCGGAAGUCGGUGGUGUGCGUGUUUCCUUAUGGUUUUUUUGGUGUCGCGUUCUGUUCUGUACCUGUUUUUGUUUGGAAAUUCGACGUAGCUGGUAUACACACACUUGCGGAAAGGAAAGCGAGUCGCCAGUGGGACCCGAAGGAGAAGCGUUUCGCCAACAAUAACAAUUGAAUCUGGAUUUAUUGUGUAGUGGUGUUUCCAUUGGGUUUUUUCUUUACAUCAACUUCUCAACUCAAAAAAGAAGAGAUUUUCAAGGAUUAUCUCUUGAUGUGAUUGGAUAGUGCAUCGAUAGUGCGAGUUUUUGUUUGUUUGUAUAAUUGAUUCGUUGAUUCACCAUCAUGAAGGAAGAAGUGGUGGCCGCCGUCAAGUUCCUAGUGCGCUUUAUCGAGAAGAGCGAGAAAUUUCCGCGCGACCAACUGGAAAACUUUAAGCAUCAUCUGAUUGUACUUCUCAUGCAAAGAUUUGAGAAGCAUUGGUUCCCUGAGGUUCCGGCGAAAGGCCAGGGCUACCGCUGCAUCCGCGUCAACGGACUCAUGCCCGUCGACUACACGUUGGAGCAGGCGGCCAGCAAGUGCGGCCUCCAUUACAGCGACCUCCGGUUGCCCGCUGAACUCACCGUCUGGGUGGAUCCAACCGAAGUUUGCUAUCGGUUAGGCGAGUCGGAAGGCUCGUACUGUACAUUAGCAACUUUCCCGUCGGAAUCCUCAUCGUCCGAAUCGUCGAGUCCGUCGCCGUCGCCACCGACGACGCCCUUGCAGGACAAGGCGCGUCGAAGCAAACCGCUGCGACCGCCGACCGUCGACCCGAAGCACCAGCGCUACAGUAAUAACGUACCCGCCACACUUAGAAUUAAACCUAUCCCUAGAGAGUUGAAUUUCACCAUGCCACAGAACAGAUCGCAGUACCGCUACGAUGGCCCCACGUACCCGGUGCCGACGAUGUACCGAAGCAUGCCGUUCUCGUCAACCGCGAGACAUUACAAGAAUGUCGUGAGGGUGUAGGGGAUAUCGUCAGCCGCGAAAAACUGAAAGACGACACAAGAAACAUUCGCUAUAUUUAAUUGGUAUACGGUAACAUGUUACAAGCAACAACAACGAGUCAAUAACAAGCAACAACACAACUCGACGACGACGACAACGUAAAUAGGGAUUACUGAUGGUCAUGGAAUGGAAAUGAUAUUGUGUGUGCACUUUGCUGACUGCGAACCGCGAACGAGCAUAUUGUACUGUUUUCUUCUUUUGUUCUCACACACACACCAAAACACAAAUAUUUCAAUUUUUCAACCAAAAGACUUGAGAAUCAAAACCAGAUUCCUCCGAAACAAUUUACUAAAACUUAAACAAAAAAAAAAAACAAA